AUGCCGUUGAGAGAGGCCUGCUUGAAACAUGCUUGCGCAUCGCUCAAAAAGGAUGAGCGCUACCAGAGACUGGCGAUGCAUCCGUUCGACUGGAGUGUCAAGCGGCUGCUCCUCCUCGGCCAGCGUGACGGCGGCAGCGUGCUGCACAAGCUCUCACCUGAUCUGAUGGCCAAGCUGUUUGCAGUGGUGUCCAAGAAGGUGCCCACGCGCCGGCAUCGAAUGGCAGGCCUCACGCUGCACGCUGAGGGAGGGCUUAAAAGGGUGGGCCCUGGGGCGCCUGCGGCUUAA